AUGUUGGCUUUUCAAAUUUUCGCAUUAUUUUUCGCUGGAUUUCUAGCCACCGAAGCUGCAGAUAUCGAUUUUGUUAGUUCGAAAUUUCAUUUUCCCUUUUUUUUCAAAAACCCCAUUCAACUUCAGGCUCUAAUAUGUGACAAAGGUUAUCGUGUCUCCUCAAUCAAACGUUCUAAAACAAAUUACAAUGUUUUGGGAAGUCUUACCGUAGAAUGCGAGCAGAUAUCGCUAGCCGAGUCAACGAAUUGUGCUCCUCAGCAGAGUGUUCCGAAAUGCAGUGGAUUGUUGGAGGGAUGUACUGGGAAUACGUGGCUUGGCGGGUUUCAUGUUUAUUUGUUGGAAAAUUCGACACAGGCUGCUGUGUGAGUGGAGAAAUUUUCACUUUUUUUCCGAAAUUCCAAAAAAUUCCAGCCUAGACCCAGUCUGCUGUUCUUCCCCCUCUGUCCAAAUCGACUCCGGAUCUUGCAUCAAUGAUCAACUCAACACCGGAACUCGCGAUUUCGCUCACUCCAUAGUUUCCGAUCUGAUUUAUCGCGGUUGGCAAUGUUGGCAUCAAUACGAUCAAAAACGGACCUUGGUAGAUUUAUUGUGGAAAACCGAGAUUUGUCCAUUCCAAUCGUCUGAUUUUCCAGUGAUAACAAGAAGAAGUGGGGAAAUUCUCAAAAAACAAACAAAUAUUUUAAAUUUUUCAGGCGAAUGCGAAGAAUGUCAAUGUGAUUGUGGAAUUGAGCAAUGCUCUAACGGUGUCACUCCAGUUCGCCUAAUUCACAAAAAACUUCUCUUGCCAUGCUCGUGUGAUUGUACAUGUUCCUUUAAGUGUGUAUGAAAUAAAUAUUGUUUUUUAAAAGUAUAAAAGUUUUGAUCUAUUUCAAUUUCCCGCUUUUUGGGAAGAUCGAUAAUGUGUUAUCAAUCGAUGUAAUCAAAGACUACAUUGUGGUCAGUUUCCUUUUCUUUCUUAUUUUUUUUUCAUUUUUAUUUUUGUUGUUUUUGUUCCUUUUUUUAAAGAUUUCUUAUACUUUCAAACGUAAAAUUUUUUUCCAGUUAUGAAAAGUGUUGUGGAAGGACAAUGUGGUCAGCAGAAUGCGCUGGUGGGACUUGCCAACACAUUUGGCCAGUCGUCAAAUCAGCGAAUUGCGCCGAGCUCUGUUGGACCAGGUGCACUUUUGCCGCAAAAUUCGCUGGGUGAACAGAUGGCGAAUGAGUUUUUGCGAACGCAAAGAUCAGCGGCGCCGACGAGUUUUUCGCUGAAAGCCAUGCAACACAAUUUACCGCAAGUGGGGAAGUCGACGAAUUUGGCUAUGAAUUGGAGUAAUGAGUUUCAGCCGAAGCAGGUUGGUGAGAUCCAGGACCAGACACGAAGUCACUUGAAAAAAAACCUACUGUACGCAAAAGUGCGUCGCAGUGUUUGCACACACUUCGAAGAAAUUAUUGUUUUCAAUUUCAGAAUCAACUCGCUCAACAAUGGUCACAACAAUACUCCACAAUUACACCGCAACCUCAAAGACAUUUCGAUUCAGCGUGGCAACAGGCUGCUCCUAUGUCAACAUCUUCCGCGAUUCAACAAAACUCUGGAAUGUGGUCGUCAGAAUUUCUUGACAAUAUCGAAUCAAGUCUUCAAGGUUCUUCCUCUUCACAAUCUGCCAGUCAAUGGGCUGAAGAUUUUUUGGGACCGGAUUCGGUUUGGAAUGGUCCUUUGCAUAAUGGAGCGGCUUAUGAAUCCACGUGGAAUCAGAUUAAGAAGGAUUUUGAGGAAAGUGUAUUUGCGGAGAAUUCGGCUGCACAAACGAUGAAUAAUGAUUAUAUAUUCCUUGAUCAGAAUCCCUAUAGUCAAUUAUCUGAUCCGCUUGCUCAGGGUGAUAGUUUGAUGCGGAAUGGUGAUAUUGGUGAAGCGAUGUUGGCUUACGAGGCGGCGGUUCGGCAAAAUCCGCAAGAUGCAAAAGCGUGGUGUCGAUUGGGAUUGGCGCACGCGGAAAAUGAGAAGGAUCAACAAGCGAUGACGGCGUUUAGAAAGUGUUUGGAGAUUGAGCCGGGAAAUAAGGAGGUAGGGGAAAUUUUUUCGAAAAAUACUUGAAAAAUCGAUAAAAUUUUGAGAAGCUCAAUAGAUUUCAAGGCGCGGAAUUAAAAAAAUUCAAACUAAUUUUUCAAGACACGAAAUUCAAAAAUGUCAAAUUUCCCGCUUUAUUUUUCAAAGCGCGAAAUUCAAAAAUUCAAAUUUACCGCUCAAUUUUUAAAGGCACGAAGAUGAAAAAUUCAAAUUUUCACUCAUUUUUUCAAGGUGCAAAAUUCAAAAAAUUCAAAUCAAUUUUUCAAGGAGCAAAAUUCAAAAAUUCAAAUUUCCCGCUCAAUUUUCUAAGGCGCGAAAUUCAAAAAUUCAAACUUCCCGCUAAAUUUUUCAAAGCGCAAAAUUCAAAAAUUCAACUUUCCCGCUCAUUUUUUUGAAGGCACGAAAUUCAAAAAUUCAAAUUUUCCGCUCAUUUUUCAAUGCGCGAAAUUCAAAAACUCAAAUUUCAGGCUCUUCUCGCUCUUUCUGUCUCAAUGGCCAACGAGGGUCAAGAAAAUGAAGCGCUCCACCAACUUGACAAAUGGAUGUCCUCAUAUCUCGGAUCCGAUGUCACUCAAAUCACCAACACUCCACCAAUGUAUUCCUCAUUUUUGGAUCAUGAUAUGUUCAAUCGAGUUGAGGCGAGAUUUUUAGAUGCAGCUCGACAACAAGGAACUCAACCAGAUCCGGAUCUUCAAAAUGCUCUCGGCAUUUUGUACAAUUUGAAUCGCAAUUUUCAAAGAGCUGUCGAUUCGUUGAAAUUGGCGAUUUCUGGAAAUCCUGAAGAUCCAAGAUUAUGGAACAGAUUAGGAGCCACGCUGGCGAAUGGAGAUCGAACUGCUGAAGCGAUUUCGGCGUAUCGAGAAGCGUUGAAAAGAUAUCCGACUUAUGUUAGAGCGAGAUAUAAUUUGGGAAUUUCUUGUAUGCAAUUGACAUCUUAUCGAGAGGCGCUGAAUCAUUUUACAUCGGCUUUGGAAUUGCAGAAAGGGGGAAAUGAUUCGUCGUCGAUUUGGGCAACUAUGAGGUGAGUAUUGGAAAAUUGAGCGGGAGAUUUGAAUUUUCGAAUUUCGCGCCUAGAAAAUCAAGCGGGAAAUUCAAAAAAUUCAAAUUUCGUGCCUUGGAAAUUAGGCGGGAAAUUCAAAAAUUCAAAUUUCGUGCCUUGGAAAUUAGGCGGGAAAUUCGAAAAAUUCAAAUAUCGAGCCUUGAAAGCGGGAUUUUUAAAUUUUUGGUUUUUUUUGCCACGAAAAAAAAAAAAAAAAAAAUCGGAAAUUUGAAUUUCAAAUUUCGCGCCUAGAAAAUCAACUACACAAAACAAAAUUAAUUUUAAAGUAUAAAAUUAAAAAUUUUCAGAUCCGCUGCCAUCCGUACACCAGAUGUUCCAGAUUCUUUGCUGCGAGCUGUCGAAACUCGCGACCUUCCAACAUUAAAAUCAGUUUUAGCAACUCUACCCUAA